AGUUCAUCUUGGUUUGUGUUUGUGUCAACGAAGAUUAAACUUGUUUGAUAAUAAUUUAGAUAGAAAUAAGCUAAACUAAUAAACUUACAAUGAUCGGUGUGCGCCUUAACUCUUUUAAUGAUACUUCUGGUGAACCAGAACAGGAUGCUAACUCAGCAUUAACUGAAUUAGAUAAAGGUCUCCGAUCAGGAAAAGUAGGCGAGCAAUGCGAAGCUAUAGUCCGUUUCCCACGUCUAUUUGAAAAAUAUCCAUUCCCUAUACUCAUAAACUCAUCAUUUUUAAAACUCGCCGAUGUGUUUCGAAUGGGCAAUAAUUUCCUUCGUCUGUGGGUGCUGCGUGUCUGCCAACAAAGCGAGAAGCAUUUGGAUAAGAUUCUGAACGUGGAUGAAUUUCUAAGGAGAGUUUUUAGCGUGUUACAUUCCAAUGACCCGGUAGCCAGGGCUCUAGCUCUAAGGACCCUUGGUGCGGUGGCUGGGAUCAUACCAGAGAGACAGAAUGUACACCACGCUAUACGCAGGGGACUGGACAGCCAUGACAAUGUGGAGGUUGAUGCUGCUAUUUAUGCUACAACAAGAUUUGCUGAGCAUUCGAAUGCAUUUGCAGUAGCCAUGUGUAAUAAGCUGUGGGAUAUGGUGGACUGUGAGAGCACAGCGGCAGAGCGCAGAGCUAAGCUUGUGAGAGCUCUCCGGACUGUACAUGGUGGAGCUGUGAGGGCCCAAGGAGUACUGAAACUUCUCCGCUCGCUACUGGAGAGGUUUCCAUCUUCGAGUUCAGUGCGUGCGGCCAUUACUGCGCUCACUCAUAUAGCUGCCGACACCGUAGUGCAUGUGCCUGAUCAAGUGGAACUCCUGCUCAGCAUAUCAGCAAACGACGCGCGUUCGUCAGUGCGUCGCGCGGCCCUGCUGGGGCUGCGCAAGCUGGCCGAGCACGCGGCGCUGUGGCCCGCCGACUGCGUCGAGAAACUUGUCCGCGCCGCCACCGACGCGCAGGAGAUGGAGCAUACCAUGCUAUGUCUGCAAGUUAUGCAAAAGCUGGUAUCAUGCCCGGCAGUAUGCGCGGCGGCGGGGUCCCCGGCGGGGGGCUGCGCGGCCGUGCGGCGCUACUGCAGCGAGGCCGCGCUGUCCGCCGACCUCACGCGCGCCGCCACCGCCGCGGACGUACUCACGCGCCUCAUUGUGCACUGCUAUGAAGAAAAUCUACCAGUUGAAGGUGGGGACCUGAUGCUGGCUCUAGAAACCUUGGUCAUUGCCACCGGGGAAAACAAUAGUCCGAGCAACAUCAAGGCGCUGAGAGUUGCGCUACGAUGCUUGGUGCAACUAAGUCUCGCGGAGCCGUCAGUGUACGCGGGGCGCACGGCGGGCGUGGUGGGGCGCCAGCUGCAGGCGGGCGCGGGCGGCCCGCGCGCCCCCGCCCUGCUCGAGGCGCUCGGGGCCCUCGCUGGGGCCCCGCAUGCACCCGCGCAUCUAGGGCCCGCCAUGCCCGCCUUGCACCAUGUACUCGAACAGAUGGAACGAGAGAACACAAUCGAGAACCCGUCAGAUGAUGGUACGACGUUAGUGUUGGUGUGCACGGUCCUGCUGCAGGAGCGCGCGGCGAGGGCCCUCACCCGCCGCCUGGAGCCGCGCUGGCGGCUGCGGCUGCUGCAAGCUGUACGGGGGGCCGACGGCUGGGUGCGGUACAGGGUCGCCAGGGCUGCGCUCAGAUACGGGCACCACCGUCUAGCGAGUGACAUCCUGUCCCGGCUGUCGCAGGAGGCGCCGAGCGAGCCCGCCCAGCGCUGGCUCACCGCGCUAUACCGCGCCGCGCAAGCUGACGCCAAGCUCGUUGAAGAAGGCAUAGCAGGUCUAGAAGAAGCUAGUUCAGGAUGGGAAGUAUGCAGUGGUUGGGGCGGGGCCGGCGGGGCUGGCGGGGCCGGCGGGGCGGGCGGCGUGGGCUGCGGGGCCGGCUGCGGGGGCUGCGGGGCCUGCUCCCCGCUGCCGCCCGCCUGGAUGAAGGCGCGCGCCAUGGCACUCAGCGCGCUGGCUCGCACCGCCAUCGCUGCCAGGACACUCUGCACCCAGCCACCCCCGGCCAUUGCGCAUACUUUCUCGCAAACGAGCCGCGACCCUGCGCUGAAGGCCGGGGCGUUUGCCCCCGCGCUGCGCAAGGCGGCGCGCGGCGUCUGGCAGGUCGCGCAGCGAUACUCCGCCAUGGCGCGCACCGCGUUCCAUGCUGACGACUCCACGCUCAGGCACUUGCACAUUUCUCAGCACACGUACAGUCAGUUAGCUCAGUUCCUGGAGCGAGUGACCUCCAACAGUCAGGAGCGUCCCCCAGAGCUGGACAACGUGGACCUGAAGCCCACCACCCUGGAGGAGAAGAUAGCUCUGUCUGCCAGCGUUGAACUUGCCGAGAUUUCCAGCAAACUCUUCGAUAAUCCCACUACUGGUCCCGGAAUUACGCAUAGGCACAUGGAGGCGGUCCUGGCGGCGGUGUCAGCGUGUAGCGGAGGGGCAGUAUGGCCGCGCGGGGUGUGCGCGGGGCGCGCGGGGGGCGCACACUGCCGCGUGUCGCUGAGCCCGGCGUGGCGCGUGGCCUGCGCCGCGCCGCCAGACCACGCCGCCACGCUGCCGCUCAGCCAUCGACUCGCGCUCAAACUCGAAGGCGUCAUACUACCCCCUGUGCCACUCAGUAAACGCCAGAAACCGCGCCAAGUAAAAGGAGUUCAGAUCACGGUCACUGCGACACCACAUCCUCGCACCAAUGAGAAGGUAUGGAAGAGCCAAGCUUCAGCACGUAAGGGUCGGGUCGACCGGAGUGAUACCACGGCCUCACAGAAAACCGGCAUGAAACAAAUGCAGCGUUUUUUUCGCCGUACAGUGGAGUUGACGAAUAUCCCCCCAGUGCUAACGGCGGUCCAGACAGUGACUCCGGUCCGAGAUUUCUUCUCAGCUCAGCAACUUGUGUCAGUGAAUACGCCCGGCCUCUACACUGUAGCUGUUGAGGCUGCCUUCGUUGAUGAAGAUGACCAGCUGUGGAACACUGGGCCCAGAACUUCUAUAGUUAUUAGGGCUCAUGAAGACCCCAGCGUGAAAGGAAGCAAUCAGACGACACGCAGCAGGUUUUAGGUGAAUUUCUUAUUAAGAAAGUGAAAAA